AGGUCAUGAGAACAAAACUCGAAGGUAUUCCAGAACCGCCAAGUGGGUAUGUGCCUCCCCUUGGCGCUUCGCACAGAACGUGGACCAACAUCUACAAGAACAAGGGAAGGAUUGACUACUGCGUAUCUCAAUUCUCUUACCUCACUAACCGCUUGAAGUGCGUGGCAAAGCUCACCGGCGGUCCGUUCUUGGACUAGAAGAUCGUAUUGAGAACGAAAAACAUGGUAUGUGUACCCGUCAGGCGGUAAAAUACGAAUACAUAUCCCAACCAGUGGGAGUUACGGUUUCGAAAUGCAAACUAGUCAUGGAUACGUAAAUGCAUACUUGAGGUCAUUUUCUUCAC